CAAAGAAUUCAACAGUGUCCAGUUGAAUAAGAACCGCGAUUUCGAACGGAUUGUUAAGAAGUUUUGGUCUCAAGAAAACUACAGUCUAAAAAAGUUUUAUUCUUUUAGCUGUAGUUAAGUUUAUAAUAAGAAAAUAACGAAAGAAAGCAAAUUAUUUUUAAAAUGAAUUUCAAAAUGAGAAAUUGUGGGAUGACCACAAUAAAAUACAUUCUCUUUGGAUUUAAUAUCAUAUUUGCUCUAUCGGGUCUUGGCAUCUUGAUAGCUGGGGCUUUAGUCCUAGCUGACGUCAACGAAUUCAACCACUUUAUCGAAGGACAAAUAACAGCACCCCCAAUAGUGCUUAUUGUUACUGGAGCCAUUAUUUUCCUUAUCGCAUCACUUGGUUGCUUUGGUGCCAUAAAGGAAUCACCAUCACUCUUGAUAAUGUAUGCAUUUAUGCUAGGCAUCGUCUUUAUCGUCGAGCUAGCUGUUGGCAUUGCAGCAAUAGUCUACAAAUCUGAUCUUGAAAUGAUUCUCAAGAACUCACUGAUGGAUUCGAUAAAACGUUCUAACGACGAUGAUCUAAAAGCCUGGGACAACAUCCAGAGGAAGCUCAUGUGCUGUGGAGUUGAUAAUCCAUCCGACUGGCGUGGUAUCAGCAGGGACAAGACUCUGAGGGCCAGUUGCUGUCGACCGGAAUACAUCGACGAGGCCGUUGGUAACUGCAUAGAUGCUCUCCCACUGGGGAAAGAUAAAUACUUCCAGGAUGGAUGUGUUGGAAAACUUAAGGACCGUGUUGACAAGAAUGCCGUUAUUCUUAUUGGCGUAGGACUUGGUAUUGCAUUUAUACAAAUUCUUGGAAUUGUGCUGGCACUAUACUUGGCUUCCAAAAUACGUGACGAAAGAAUGAAAUAGAAAGCUGGUUUUCCAAAAAAUUAACUACCACAAAUUCGAUCUACGAACAAUAAUGUCAUCCAGCAUUUUAUAUUUUGAUAAAUUUUCUUAGAAAAUCAAAUCAUAAAUUAAUUUAAGUAACAACAAUCAGGGAAAAUAAAACUAUGCCAUCUUAAUUUCACCAUCAAAUAAUAUUAUGUACACUCUUUAUAAUAUAAAUAUACUAAUGGUAUCUACAUACAGUACAUACCUUAGUAUAAUGCAGAUGAUAUAUGUUUUCGGUUCUUAAUAAAUGUUGUUUUUUGUUUUUGAAAAACAUGCAUUUUAAAAAACAAAAUAAUUCAACUUUGGAAAGCACUAUAAAACUUACUUCAUUAUAUUUAUUAUGUUAUAGGUAAAGAUUUUCUUUAGAAUAAAUUUGUAUACGAUUGUUUUAUUUUAUGAUUUUAUGUUAAAUUAAUUUGUUAAUUUAAAGGAUCCACACUAAUUUAUUAAUAAUAUAAAAAUAUUGAUAUUUUUAAGAGUUGAAUUUGAAAAAAAAAUCGCAUCAAUAAAAUUAUUUAAAAAAAUAA